AAAGACAAAAAAAAUUCUAGUCGUCACUAUUGUUAUCUGUUCCUGAUUAUCGGAAUAUAAGUUAGAGGAAUUAAAAACAUUCUGAUUAUAAAUUUCCAACAAAAAAUGUCGAAAAUCUCGCCAAUCAGAACACAUCGAGUAACAUUAGAUAUUUCGUUAAAAUUAAUUCAAUGCCUUGGUAUUUUUGAUUUUGAUUCACCAAAAAUUGCUAUGAAAAUUCUCAAUGCCAUAAUUAGAGUAGUCAAUUGGAUUAUCGUAAUAGCAACUCUUGCAACAAUGGGUGCCGAUGUAUAUAUCAAUAUAAAAGAUUUAGAAGCAGUAACCAAUGACGUGGGUUACUUAUUCCCAAUGCUCGGAAUACUUAUUAAGACUUUUGCGGUGGUUCAAAAUCAACGGAGCAUUCGUCAGCUUAUUGAAGAUAUUCAUUUCAAUAUUGACAACUUACGUUAUUCUUCAGAUCUAGGUGUAUUAACAAAAAUAAGAACAACAUUAUUUUAUCAAAAUUUCGAUUACUUUGCCAUUGCUACAAUAUUAUCAGGCACUGUUAUUGCACUAACAGCUAUGUCCGCAGAAACAGAUACAAAGUUGGCGUUACGUGGAAUUUUUCCGUACAAUACAACUGUAAGUCCGACCUACGAAAUAGCCUUUUUCAUGCAAUUUUGGACAGUAUUCAUGAGUUGCCUGUGGAUACUCAUAAUCGAAACAUCAAUUAUUGAAUUAAUAAGAUGGAUAAAUGUUCAACUAGUAGUACUACAAGCUAAUUUUCAACAUUGUCAAAACUGGCAAAUGCCUCGUGCGACCUUCAAAAUGAGCAAAAAAAAUUACGAUAUAAUAAGGAAUUACAAAUAUUUCAAAGUUAGCGAUGAACAAACCCUAAUACAAUCAUAUAUACCGUUCAAUGAUGACGAAGCUAAUGUUGAAAAGGAUUCGUUUGCUCUCAGAUAUAAGACGUGCUUGAAACAUUAUCGCCGAAUAAUUGAUAAUGUCAAUAAAUACAAUGAACUUUUUAGUGUUCUUCAAUUUUUAACAGUAUUUAUAACUUGUUCAUUUGUCUGUCUCUGUUUAUUUCAAAUUGUUAUAAAUAAAAGUAAUAAAGCAGCGGUUUUUAAAAGUUCAAUAUUAUUAUCAGCAGAGUUGUCACAUUUAUUUUACUGGUGUUUUUUUGGUAACUCAUUAAUAGAAGAAACUGAAAUGUUGCACAUUAGUCAAUAUAACUCCGGUUGGGAAUCGCAAUUAAAUAAAAAUGAGCGUCAUCUUGUGAUAAAUUCUUUGAUAGAGAGCAGAUGUCCAUUGAAAAUAACAGCUGGGAAAUUUUUUGUUUUGUCUUUGGCGACCUAUUUAAAGGUUAUACAAAAUUCUUAUUCGUAUUUUGCAAUCCUCAAUACUGUGCAUAGUAACGAUGAUGAUAAUUAAUGAUAAAUAAUAUCACUCGAAUGACUUUGUAGUAAAAAAAUAACUGUAUUAUGAAUUUUGAGAUAAAU